CUGGGCUCCUCAGAACCAGAAAGACAAGGAGCUACUGGAGAGGGCGCAGUGGAGGCUACAAAGAUAAUUUGGGGUCUGGAGCACCUCUCUUAUGAGGAGACUGUGGGAGCUGGGCCUGUUUAGUCCAGAGAAGAAAAGGCUGAGAGGGGAUAUCAUCAGUGCAUAUAAACAUCUCAAAGGUAUUUGUCAAGGAGGUGGUGACAGACCAAUGUCAGUGGUGCCCAGUGAAAGGACAACUAAAACACAAACUUUCACCUCAACACGAGGAGGAACUUCCUUACACUGAGGGUGGCAGAGCACUGAACAGGCUGUCCAGUGAAGUGUCCCUUUCUGGAGACAUUCCAAACCCACCUGGGCAAGUUCCUGUGUUACCUGAUCUAGGUGACCCUGCCUUGGCAGGGAACUUGGACUAGAUGAGCUCCAGAGGUCCAACAUUGCCAAUUCUGUGAAACCAACACACUAAAUACCAUGUUGCUCUUCCUUGGCUUUAAAGACCAAGUGCUCCCCUUUGCUCAGCACACAACAUUGCUGUCUCAUAAUCUCGGACACAGAGACUGCUAGACAGAGAGCCUGGCUCAAGUCGGUGUCGUCAUCUUUGAGGCCCAGCAAGCUGCUGCCAAAAAGACUGUGGUUGUCCUAAUAAGGACAGAGAGAAGGAAAAUAACUCCUACCAGGCUAGAAAGUGUAGAACUGCAUUUCAGAAAUGGUUUUCAGAUUAAGAACCAGACCUUCCACAAUUAAAAACCUGAAGGACACUAAAUAAAGAAUGUCUUCUUUAAAAGAUGGAGCUUGGAAAAUGAUUACCAUCUCUUCAUCUCACAAAGCUUUCAGACUAUGCAAACUAUCAUAUACAAGCUAAUACUUUGAACUCCCAUGAUGUCACCCUCCCAGAGUCUGUGUACAGAUCCUUCAGAUGAUGAAGCUAUUGAAAAAGCAAGUGAAAACAGGACAGCAACAUGUCAAGAUUCAGAAUCCAAACCUGCUGUGAAAAAGAAAAGAAAGCAGCCUACAGAGUGUUUUUUAAGUCAGCCCAAAGAAAAGCAAGAGAGUGCUGUGAAGGCAAAGAAGAGGAAGAAGAAGAAGAUUUCUGAUGUUCUGCAAAAAUCUGCUCCAAAACCUGGUGUCCCUGCAGAUCUACAAAAUCUGCUUACUCAACAUUUCGGUGAAAACCGUUCUGUGAUUGAAAUAGAGGAAUUAAAGCUGUCAGACUCCUGCUUUUUGCCAGCCAAUGAUCUUACCCACAGUUUUUCUUCGUACCUGAAGGAAAUCUGUCCUAAGUGGGCGAAGCUCCGGAGAAGCCACAAGGAGAAGAAGUCCUUGGUGAUGCUGGUUCUCUGCAGCUCUGCCCUUCGCUCCUUGGAACUCAUCAAGUCAAUGACAGCCUUUAAAGGGGAUUGCAGAGUCAUCAAGUUGUUUGCAAAGCACAUAAAGAUAAAGGAACAAAUGAAUAUGUUGGAGAAAGGCAUGUUUCACAUUGGGGUUGGAACUCCUGGGAGAGUAAAGGCACUAGUGGAGCAAGAUGUCCUGUGCUUAAACUCCACGAAAUAUGUGAUUCUGGAUUGGAACUGGAGAGAUCAAAAACUAAGGAGAAUGAUGGACAUCCCUGAGAUAAAGAAAGAAACAAUUGACCUACUGGAGAAGAGCAUUAUAAAGCUGUGCAGAGAUGGAUCUGUGAAGCUGGGACUCUUUUAAUGAGUUUACCAACAAGGAAGUAAUUUGCAGCUGCAUUUUACUAUUAUCCUGCCUGCAACUGAAUUUUGACUUUUCCAAGGUCUCAAUACAGAAGGCACAUUGCAACUUUUUCUGAGUUUUCUUUUAAUAAAACCCCAGAAGUUUUGUUUGUAGUUCUAGUAUUAUUUUUAUUGCAGUUACAAUGUCAUAUGGAAAUCAGAGUUACACUUCUUUCACCUGCUAGAUUUACUACUGUGUGUCACUAGUCAGACUUUGAAGAUGAGCAAAUAUGGGUGUGAAAGUCUUUGCACAGCUCAGUUUUCUGUUCCCUCCCUGUGCUGUCCUAAAAGAGACAUGUAUUUCUCUCUGAGAGUGGUAAUCCACUUGUUCUUGGGGGGUCUUUGAAAGAGUUGUAUGAAUUUCAGUAACAUGUUAAAAAGGUAUUUUUCAUCUAUCUGUUCUAGAGCUGGCCAAAUGCUGCUUUUUGCUCUUACGUGAUAAAUUAUCUGUAUACUGUACUGAGAUUUUAUUUUGGUUAAACUAUUGAAGUGUGCAAAAAGUAUUCUUAUGUUUGUCCACUUAAAUUAAAAUGAGGUGAUCUCUGGGUGA